ACAAGACAUCGGAGCCCUGUGACUCUGACUACACUCCAUCAUGUCCCGAAUACCUCCAAAGAAGCUCGCUCCAUCGUCCUCUACCAUUCGUAGACCAGCCCAACCCACUCAUAGAGCACCCCAACUCAAACAGACCGGUCCUCGCGGGAAAGGUCAUGAAGAGGGAUAUCUCUACGUUGCUGGAGUCAAGGAUCCUAGCAAGCGCGUUACAGAGUAUCGCACGGAACAAGAUGUAUGCCCUAUCUGUCAUACUGAUCGACAAUUCAACAAGAAUCUGCGGUUACUCGUUUCUCCCUGUUAUCAUAAGAUGUGCGAAUCGUGUAUCGAUCGUCUUUUCACUCUUGGCCCUGAACCGUGUCCUCAAUGCGGCCGUAUCCUUCGUAAAGUAAACUUUGCGCAUCAGACGUUUGAAGAUCUCAAAGUGGAAAAGGAAGUAUCAGUUCGACGACGAAUGGCUGAUAUAUUCAACAAGCGGAGAGAUGAUUUCGAAAGUGAUCGACAGUAUGACGAUUACCUCGAACUAGUCGAAGACCUCACAUUUAAUCUUCUCAACGAAAUUUCCAUUCCUGAAACUGAAGCUCGUAUCGCUGAAUGGCAACGCCAAAACGAAUCCAUCAUCCAAGCCAACAAACACAAGACCGAGGAGGAAUCCAUGUCUCAAUCCAAGCGGGAAGAGAUUGAGCGUCGGGCAAGAGAAGAGAGGAUGAGGAUGAUUGAAGAGGCCGAGCGGGUUGAGAGAAUGGAGGAUGAGAGGAUAAAGACCGAGGUGACGCAGGCAUUGGCAAAGGGAGAAACGAAACGGGCGAGGGAAAUAGAAAUUGAAGCUAGAGAGGCAAAACGAUUACGCGCCGAAGCGCUCUUCAAAUUCGUACCCCCGUCACUCUUGUCAGCCCAACCUCAAGGAGACGUUUCUCAUUCUCCAUUAUCACCGUCAUACAAUGGCCCGUUCAUCCCUAUACCGUAUUCGAACCCUGAUACCGCCUCUUGGGCCGGAUGGUAUGAGGCCAAGGGAGAGUAUGUGGAUAGACGGUCGGGUGUGAUGUUCGUCAGGGAAGAUAGGGAGGGGAAAGUUAGAGGAGGAGGGUAUGACCUGCAGUUGUUCUGGGAAAUGGAAGUAAGAAGCGCAGUCGAAGCACUGGGCGUUGAGCCGUUGGUGUAAAGUGUAUCCAUGAUCAUUUAGUUGUAUAUUAUAGCAAGUAACAUCUUACAUAUUCCAUGAUUCACAAUGCAUGGCUCUA